AUGCCUUGGAAUGCUAUGAUCACCGCAAUGCCUUACUUCUUAACAAGGCUUGGCGACUCCCCAUACGCUGGCAGUUUUGCCUCAUGGUUCAGUGUCACCUGGACAUUUAUGUCUUUUAUCUCAUUGGCUUGCGCUACUUGGACCGCUCGAGAAACCAUCCCAGCGACCCGAAUCGUUCUGCCUUUAGGUCUGAAUACUCUCCUCCUUACGUUCCUUGCCAUCACUCCUCGGUUAUCUCUCUCGCCCAGAGCCUUCUUUGCCGUCGUUCUAACGAAUGGUGCUCUGCUGGCAACUUCUGGAUCUUGGUUUCAGACAUCCGUCGUGGCAUUGGCCUCAGUAUUUGGUCCCGAUGCGAUUGCCGCUUAUAUGACUGGGGGUGCUUUAGUGGCCGUGGGAGUGUCGCUACUCAAGCUCGCCACUGCUUAUACUUCGCUGAAACACGAAUAUCCAGGGGGCUAUGCACCUGACUAUUCCUUGAGGAUACCUAAUGAUUUGAUUGAUCUGGACGCUGCUACGAGCUCCAUCAUCUACUUUUCGGUCGCUGCUGCCUUUAUAGGCUCUGGAAUUGUAGCCUAUGCGUAUCUUCACCCCAAAAUUCCGCACGAUGUUCAAAAAGAGCCACCCAGCCGGAAGGUUUCUACGCCCAUUCAAAUGUCGAGCGCAAGCAUUUGGAUUGUCAUUCGAAAAAAUGCUUACUAUAACAUUGCAGUGUUCUAUGUAUUCGUCGUGACAUUGGCCAUGUUUCCGGCAAUUACAACUUCAAUCCUCCCAGUUAACUCAUCGGAGGAAUCCAUUGUUUUUAAUCCAUUCAUCUUUAGCGCGCUCCACUUUCUCAACUUCAACGUCGCAGAUCUCAUAGGCCGCGCUCUCGCUUCAUUCAAACCUAUUUCCCCUACUAGCAACGUACGACUAUUGCUCUACUCUCUCUCCAGGACCAUUUUUAUCCCACUUUUACUCCUAUGCAACGUCCAACAUAAACCAACAUUCGAGUCUGUAGUGGACGCCUCUUCCAAGCCUAUCAUCAAUUCAGAUAUCGCGUACAUGUUCAUUUUGUUCGCAUUUGGUGUUACCAACGGCCACGUAUCCACUCUUGUCCUCAUGGCCGCACCGUCGAAAUUGAUGAACCCGAACCUCGAGCUAUACGAAUCGAAAACUGCCGCACGAGUCGCUCAGUUCUGCCUGGUUGGAGGAUUGGUUGCAGGUAGCGCUGCCAGCUUUGGACUCCAUGCUAUCCAAUGCAGAUGCAACCCGUUCUUGGAUCAAUAA